AUGGGCGCCCCGGCCUGGGCGCUGGCGCUCUGCGCGGCCGCGGUGGUGGCCGGCGCCGCGGGGCCCCCGGGCGCGGAGCGGCGCGGCGCGCGGAGAGUGGCAGAGGCCCCGGGGCCGGAGCCCUCCCGGCAGGAGCAGCUGGUGUUCGGCAGCGGGGACACCGUGGAGCUGAGCUGCCGCCCGCCCGAGGGCGUCCCCGCGGGGCCCACCGUCUGGGCCAAGGACGGCGCGGGGCUGGUGCCCUCGGACCGCGUGCUGCUGGGGCCGCGGCGGCUGCAGGUGCUCAACGCCUCGCAGGAGGACACGGGGGCCUACAGCUGCCGGCAGCGGCUCACCCAGCGCGAGCUGUGCCGCUUCAGCGUGCGGGUGACAGAUGCCCCGUCCUCGGGAGACGAUGAAGACGGGGAGGACGAGGCAGAGGACACAGUAGGGGCGCCGUACUGGACGCGGCCGGAGCGGAUGGAGAAGAAGCUGCUGGCCGUGCCCGCCGCCAACACCGUGCGCUUCCGCUGCCCGGCGGCCGGCAACCCCACGCCCACCAUCUCCUGGCUGAAGAACGGCAAGGAGUUCCGGGGCGAGCACCGCAUCGGGGGCAUCAAGCUGCGGCACCAGCAGUGGAGCCUGGUCAUGGAGAGCGUGGUGCCCUCGGACCGCGGCAACUACACGUGUGUCGUGCAGAACCGGCUGGGCAGCAUCCGGCAGACCUACACGCUGGACGUGCUGGAGCGCUCCCCGCACCGGCCCAUCCUGCAGGCGGGGCUGCCGGCCAACCAGACGGCCGUGCUGGGCAGCGACGUGGAGUUCCACUGCAAGGUGUACAGCGACGCGCAGCCCCACAUCCAGUGGCUCAAGCACGUGGAGGUGAACGGCAGCAAAGUGGGGCCCGACGGCACGCCCUACGUCACCGUGCUCAAGACGGCAGGCGCUAACACCACCGACAAGGAGCUAGAGGUGCUGUCGUUGCGCAAUGUCACCUAUGAGGACGCGGGGGAGUACACGUGUCUGGCGGGCAAUUCUAUCGGGUUUUCCCAUCACUCUGCGUGGCUGGUGGUGCUGCCAGCCGAGGAGGAGCUGGCGGAGGCCGGCGAGGCAGGCAGCGUGUACGCGGGCGUGCUCAGCUAUGGCGUGGGCUUCCUGCUCUUCGUGCUGGUGGUGGCCGCCAUGACGCUCUGCCGCCUGCGCAGCCCCCCCAAGAAGGGCCUGGCGCCCGCCGUGCACAAGGUCUCCCGCUUCCCGCUCAAGCGCCAGGUGUCCCUGGAGUCGAACUCGUCCAUGAACUCCAACACGCCGCUCGUGCGCAUUGCCCGGCUGUCCUCGGGCGAGGGCCCCGCGCUGGCCAACGUGUCCGAGCUGGAGCUGCCCGCCGACCCCAAGUGGGAGCUGCCCCGGGCCCGGCUGACCCUGGGCAAGCCCCUCGGCGAGGGCUGCUUCGGCCAAGUGGUCAUGGCGGAGGCCAUCGGCAUCGACAAGGACCGGGCCGCCAAGCCCGUCACAGUGGCCGUGAAGAUGCUGAAAGACGACGCCACUGACAAGGACCUCUCGGACCUGGUGUCGGAGAUGGAGAUGAUGAAGAUGAUCGGGAAGCACAAGAACAUCAUCAACCUGCUGGGCGCCUGCACGCAGGGCGGGCCCCUGUACGUGCUGGUGGAGUACGCGGCCAAGGGGAACCUGCGGGAGUACCUGCGGGCGCGGCGGCCCCCGGGCACCGACUACUCCUUCGACACCUGCAAGCUGCCCGAGGAGCAGCUCACCGGCAAGGACCUGGUGUCCUGCGCCUACCAGGUGGCCCGGGGCAUGGAGUACCUGGCCUCGCAGAAGUGCAUCCACCGGGACCUGGCGGCCCGCAACGUGCUGGUGACGGAGGACAGCGUGAUGAAGAUCGCGGACUUCGGCCUGGCCCGCGACGUGCACAACCUGGACUACUACAAGAAGACCAGCAACGGCCGGCUGCCCGUGAAGUGGAUGGCGCCCGAGGCCCUGUUCGACCGCGUCUACACCCACCAGAGCGACGUCUGGUCCUUCGGGGUGCUGCUCUGGGAGAUCUUCACGCUGGGGGGCUCGCCGUACCCUGGCAUCCCCGUGGAGGAGCUGUUCAAGCUGCUGAAGGAGGGGCACCGCAUGGACAAGCCGGCCAACUGCACGCACGAGCUGUACAUGGUGAUGCGGGAGUGCUGGCACGCUGUGCCCUCCCAGAGGCCCACCUUCAAGCAGCUGGUGGAGGACCUGGACCGCAUCCUCAGCGUGACCUCCACCGACGAGUACCUGGACCUGUCCGUGCCCUUCGAGCAGUACUCGCCCGGCGGCCAGGACACCCCCAGCUCCGGCUCCUCGGGGGACGACUCCGUGUUCGCCCACGACCUCCUGCCGCCCGCCCCUCCCAGCAGCGGGGGCCCGCAGACGUGA